GUGCAACUCAAGACAACUCGGCCCACGUCUGGAGUUGCGAGUGACAUUUAUUUAUUUCACUGGCCCACCAUCAACAUCUUGGCCUAGAAACAUCAAGUCCCUCCUAUACUGCCAGGCCUUUGAGAGUUGUCGUCUAAACACGUAGACAGCGACUACUUGCAAUUGUCAUUUCCCGAGAGACCACAGACGGCGGUUCCUAACCUCACCUAAACCGUCAUCAUGGUGAACAUCACAGAGAAAAUCAAGGAGAUUGAGGAGGAGAUGAGGAGGACCCAAAAAAACAAGGCAACUGAAUAUCAUCUGGGUCUUCUAAAGGGGUACGUGAGGCACCGCGAUCCACGACCUGGGUUUGGGCUCGCUAACUGCGCGUCAAGAAAGCUUGCGCGACUCCGUGCCCAACUGCUUGAGCCGGGUCCAGGAGCUGGAGGCGGAGGGGGUGCGGGUUUCGACGUGACCAAAAGCGGUGAUGCGCGAAUAUCACUCGUCGGAUUCCCGUCAGUGGGCAAGUCGACGUUCCUUUCCAAGGUGACCAAGACCAAGUCAGUAGUCGCAGCGUAUUCCUUCACUACUCUUACGGCAAUUCCCGGCGUUCUAGAGUAUGGAGGCGCAGAGAUCCAACUCCUCGACUUGCCCGGAAUUAUCGAGGGUGCCUCUGAAGGCAAGGGGAGAGGGCGCCAGGUCAUCUCAGCCGCCAAGACAAGCGAUCUCAUUCUCAUGGUCUUGGACGCAACCAAGAGAGCCGAGCAGAGAGCCCUGCUUGAAGCCGAACUGGAAGCCGUGGGAAUCCGACUCAAUUGCGAGCCGCCAAACAUCUAUUUAAAGCCGAAGAAGGCGGGCGGGAUGAAGAUUACAUUCCAGUCACCGCCAAAGAACUUGGACGAGAAGAUGAUCUACAACAUCUUGAGGGACUACAAGAUACUCAACUGCGAGGUUUUGGUCCGCGACGAGAACGCUACCGUCGACGAAUUCAUCGACGUCAUCAUGAAGGACCACCGUAAGUACAUCAAGUGCCUCUAUGUCUAUAACAAGAUCGACAGCGUCUCGCUCGACUUUUUGGACAAACUGGCGCGAGAGCCCCAGACCGUGGUCAUGAGCUGUGAACUCGACCUAGGUAUCCAGGAUGUGGUGGACCGGUGCUGGAAGGAACUGAAUCUCAUACGCGUUUACACCAAGAGGAAAAGCGUAGUGCCCGACUUCAGCGAGGCUUUGAUUGUGAGGAGCAACAGCACAAUCGAGGACGUAUGCGAUCGCAUCCACAGGUCCAUCAAAGACACAUUCAAAUAUGCCCUCGUCUGGGGCGCCAGCGCGAGGCACAUUCCGCAGCGAGUGGGACUGUCCCAUCCCGUGGCGGAUGAGGACGUAGUAAGCAUAGUCAGUGCUUGGAGAGCUUAACGUGUAGCAACAAGCCAAUGCAGCCUGGAGCCGUUAUCACGUCUUCGCUAAGUCUGUUUCUGCUGGGAAGAGAACCAAUGACUUUAUUGUGCCAUGAAUCCUGUGUCGGUGUCUCUCUCUCUGUGUAUGUGUGUAUGUGUGUAUGUGUGUCAUCGUGUCAGUCGUUACCCUCGGCAUUUUCCCCUGCCAACC